AUGCCUUACAAACCGUUCCAGUCAACCUACUACGACGAGCGCAUGCGGGCAUCGCCUGCUCUGCUGCGUGCCCGAGCCCCGUACCUGAUCAAGAACACUAUCACUGGCUUCGCUAUCUGCUCGCUGGUCAUUGGCAUCUACACGUACACUAUCAACGUCAUCUCCCAGGAUGAGUUCGACGACGUCGUUGUUCCCGACGAGCCCGCGAAGCGAUCCAUUGCCCAGAUGCAGCCGAACUCCCCUCCGAGCACUACCCAGAGCGUACAGCAGGCCGUUGCGGCGCGCAAGCAGUAG